CUCAAAUGAUCCGCCCUCCUCGGCCUCCCAGAGAGCUACAAUUACAGGCGUGAGCCACCCGCGCCCAGCCCGAGCGCCAGGAUUGCGCUGUGAGGUAGAGGAGGUCACUGUCUCGGCCUGUGGUGGACGCUGCCUGCCGACAGCAUGUCUCCCAAGCCCGCGGGACACACAACCUAGCAACGUGGGGACGAGGUCUCUGAACGUCUGAACCCCCAGUGACUGCCCGGCUUGUGCGUUUCCAUGAUGAACCAGAUGGAAUCUGUUCGGGUGCACACGGUCACUUGCAUUUGUUCAGGGAAUUAUGGGUUUUUGCUGGUGGAUGACAAGAGUUAGGAAGUUGCACCUACAGCCCGAGGACACCUGCCUCAGGGGGCUCUGCGCAGGACCCCCUGCGUCCCGUGACCUCCUGGCCAGGCUCUGGGCCCUGUAGGGGAGCGGGAGGGGUUCUCAGGGCCAGCUCUGAUUGGCCCAGCAUUAGCCAAUCAUAGCUAGGGCAUCCUCAUGCUGAUUGGACUGCCUCCUAGGCCUCAGCCAAUAGGAAAACUGCUUGGAGGACCUGGUCCCAGAGCCCCUGACUGGGUGGGGCCUGCAGGGGAGGCCCCCUCUGUGCUCCGUGGCCCCUGGCGCCCUCAUCCCUCUGUCCCUGUGCCAUCUCCUCACCACGUGGGCUCCUGAGGGUCCCACCAGUGGGCCUGUUCCUAGACCAGAUGGGGCUCUUGGAGGCCUCCUGGGAGAUUGUGGGGAGAAUGAGUGGGGACCAGGGUCGCUGAGCAAGAGGGGUCUGGACACGCCCUGCCCUGACCCAGGAGGAGUCCCCAUAAUGUGGCCUGGGUGUGCAGCAGACCCAGUGCAGCUCCGAUCCCGAGAUCACAAGGGGCCACACAGACGGCAGCGGCGGUGGUGGCCAUGGGAGUCCUCUGAGUAGCGGGAUGCUGAGCCUGCUGGUGUUGGCGCUGCCCGUCCUGGGGAGCCUGGUCCAUGCGGCCCCUGCCCCAGGAGAGGCCCUGGAGCGAGCAGGGAUCGUGGGGGGCCAGGAGGCCUCUGGAAGCAAGUGGCCCUGGCAGGUGAGCCUGAGGGCCUAUGGUCAGUUCUGGCAGCACAUCUGCGGGGGCUCCCUCAUCCACCCCCAGUGGGUGCUGACGGCGGCGCACUGCGUGGGACCGGAAGUGAAGGACCCGGCAGACUUCAGGGUGCAGCUGCGCGAGCAGCACCUGUAUUACCACGACAGACUGCUGCCCGUCAGCAGGAUCGUCCUCCACCCCAACUACUACAUCGCCCCGGGCGGGGCCGACAUCGCCCUGCUGGAACUGGGGGUCCGCGUGAACCUCUCCAGCCAGAUCCACACGGUCACCCUGCCCCCCGCCUCGGAGACCUUCCCCCCGGGGACGAGGUGCUGGGUGACAGGCUGGGGUGACGUGGAAGAGGGCAUGUCCCUGCCACCACCGUUCCCUCUGAAGCAGGUGAGGGUCCCCAUAGUGGAAAACCACCUUUGUGACGCCAAGUACCAUUCCGGCCUGGCCACGGGGGACAACGUCCACAUCGUCCGGGACGACAUGCUGUGUGCGGGGAACAGCGGGAAGGACUCCUGCCAGGGCGACUCCGGAGGGCCCCUGGCCUGCAAGGUGAAGGGCACCUGGCUGCUGGCCGGCGUGGUCAGCUGGGGUGAGGGCUGCGGUCAGCCCGGCCGACCCGGCAUUUACACCCGAGUCACCUCCUACUUGGACUGGAUCCACCACUACGUCCCCAAGAAGACCUGAGCCAGGUCCCCAGAGCUGCCACCGGGUCAGUGGGGAAGCCCCACCCUCCUGUCCCCAACACUGCUGCCUCCUACCCAGGAGGGGUCCACCCCCAGCACUGCUUCUCCGUCCUUGGGUCCUGAGCCCUUUCACCUGUGGGGAGCCUCCUCCCCACCUGAGCCCCUCCUCCCUGCUCACCCCCUCCCCCCUCCAG